AGGGCCUCCGUAGAUCCUGCCGACAGCAGCAGCAGCGUGAUAAAGCAGCAGCAGCGGAGGAAAGUUGAGCCAGUUGAACUGGGUAGUGCGUCCUGACGCACCGACAGCAGCAGCAGCGAUGGGAGCUUCACAAACUCGCACCGAGAGCAAGUACCAAGACCUGGCGGACCGGACUGGCUGUAAGUAUGGGGAAAAGACGAGAACUUUUUAUAGCAGGAGGAACUUUAAACUGCUGAUUCAGUGAACUGCGCAGAUAGUGUUGAAUGUUUGCUUUGCAGACGCGCGCUUGGUGCUGGUGACAAGUCCUUAUUAAAUCACUCACGAUCAUCAAACCAGAUUUUAGUUUGUCAGAAAAUGAAGAAACGCAAAGUAUUGCGAUUAAAUGCUCUUUUGAUCGCUUUAUAAUGAGGCAAAGUUAAAUCCUACAAAAUUCAGCCGUGACACAAAUGGACGCAGUGGUAGUUUCUUAUGAUAAAAGCGCUAAAAGUUUAUGUGAAUCCAUGUACACUGUUUAUUUAAUAGCGCGUCCUUUAUUUGAACUUGUAUUUUUUGCUGCGACUUCCUCAAUUUGUAAUUUGUUUGAGUCAUACCUGUGCUGUGGGGUUAGUCCAGCGGCUAUAAACAUUGUAACACACAGUAUUUCUUCUCAUAAACUCUCUUCUUUCUUUUCUUUCUACUCAUGGAUUUAACAGUGAAGUGAAUAAUGAAACAAAAAGCAGACACAAACUGCAGAAGUGUGCAGCGUGUCUAUUUUUGGGAGGUGCAGCAGGAUCCUGAUGUGUAAACUGUGCGUGCAGAGGCAUGCAAAAAUCAGGUUUGCACACCAGACUCUGCCUAAUUUUAUUGAUUCUGUAUUGGUGAGACUUUGGACUGUUUUUUACUGUCUUUGUUUCCUCAAGGUGGGGCUUUGACCUUGUUUCUCUCCUGGCACAGUUUAAGCUAUUUAUGAUUUUGUUUAACUAUUCUGGAUACUGAUGAGUUGUCUGAUAGCACUUACAUGCUUUUACUUGUUGACUAAAUUCAUGUCCUGUUGCUGUCUUCCUUUCGUAUUCAGUCAGUGUUGUUGUUGCUGCAUUGUGUCUUGUAUUUGAUCCUAAAACACUCACAACCUCCCACUUGAACCAUGUGUCUUAUUUCUGUAUUGCACUAUUCUUCAGUGGAUACAGUUGCUACUGCAAACAUCUCCUUGGCAGCUGCUGGAAGAAGAAAAAAAGUCAAAACAAACACAAGUGUUGGUGGAAACACUUGAAAAUGUCAAAGCUAUCUCUGUAUGGCACAAGGCAGGACUUGAUUAUGAUGUUUCAACCUGAAGUGUGCGGUCACCAGUCCACACUGUGAGUUAAUGAUUCAGGGAAGCUUCCUCAAGUGACAGAAAAAAAAAAAAAAAACAAUCUUGCUGCUGCUCAGGGUGUUUGCUUUGUCAUCAAACUGAGAAAAAGGCUGCAACAGGACAGAUUAACUCACAAAAAGUGUUCAUGCUCAUGUUAACUGCUGUGUCUAUUUGUUUACUGUCACUUCAUUGUGUGUUGGAACCCCUGAUAGAGAAGUGAAGGAGUGCAGGAGGCCUUUUGAUGGGUGUGGACUAUUGACGGGUGUAUCACUGACAUACUUUCAUGUUGUUCUUGUUGUUAUUUUGAUGUGUUGUUCCUCUUUUUCAGUUUCACCAGAGCAGAUUAAAAACCUUCACAAAAGAUUCCAGCACCUGAGUGGAAAUGAAGACACCAUCAGGUAAAAUGAAUUAUUAAAUGAAGUAUUACUGACCCUUUAUAUACAUGAGAACCUGGAUCAUGUCUGGAGUAAGGUGGGAACUGAAAAUCACCCCCAGAUCAGAACCUGCUCAUGCCAUCAGUUUGAUUCCUCUGUAUUCUUAACACCAUGUUUCCACUUAUGCAUGAGCACAAUCCUAACUCCUCCCCUCUGUUAGAUUUUGGACUGUUAUCUACCUCAAGUGAAUUUAAAAAAUAACCUUAGUUGCAAAUAUCAGAGAAACCACAUCACAGGCUAUUUCUAUGAUAAAUAAGAACACAUUUGGCGCCCCCUGUGGACAAAGCAGCCUUUACUUGGCUUGUCCUCCACACGCUUACCUAGUGCCUUAUACCCAAAAAUUAUGAUCAUUAGAAUGUGUCAUUUAUUGUGAAAAUUGAAGGUGGAAAAUGAAAAAAAACAGUGUAGUUUCAUGCAUUGAAAAUUAAUGUAAGAAGACAUGAACCUUUCACUGAUUGUCUCAUUUUCUUUUGAAUAUCAUAAAGAGGCAUCAACAUGAAUAUCAGCCUAUUUUAUAAAUGUCAAAAAGCUCCUUACAGGAGUUUUAAGUUACAACACAUGGUGAAUUUGAUAGUAGAUUCUCUGGUAUCUAUCCAUCUGUGGAGAAGUGCACUUCCUUGCAUUUGUUUAAAGAUCUGCGAUCACCAUGCACAAGUGGAAAAAGGUGAAUGGGUGCUUACCACUUAGUUGCACAUGCCAUGCAAAAUGAUGUAACCCAUCGUGAGAGGCAUGCGUCAGACAGGAGCGGUACAAAAAUGCAGCCUGUAUUGUCUUCAUAAUAACAGCUCUAAAAAUUAAACAGAAGAAUGCACCCACUGUAAAAUCCACUCCGUUCAUUAGACUGACAGCUUCCUAGAGAUGAACUCUAGUGUGUUUUUGGACUUUUCUAUACCAGGAAAGACUUGUGUGUUUUCAGAGGCAGUUUGGAUGCAAUCCCUCAAAGCAGAGUUAUCUGUGCUAAUGUGUAUAUGAAUUCAGUGAUAUAGUGGGAUUUCUGUUACUAGCUGGCUAUGCUAAUGAAAGGCUGCUGUAUUUGUUCAGCUGACCUUUAAAGGCCCAAAGGGAAGCAGUCAUGAUAGUCAUAAACUCAUAAUAACAUGUGCAUUGUUGACACAGAAAACCUGCACAGGCCCACUGGAUUAAUAAUUGGAUUGAUCUGUAGAGCCAAUCAUGGCACUGGUAUCAAUCAAAGAUGAUCACAUCCCACCCCUAGAUUUGACCUCCGGAGCUCUUCAUACGUCAUUCCUGAAAACAUCUCUUGAUUCGGGUGCAUGUUUUUUCAAAGCUCUGCAGGUCAGCUUAGAUAGAAAUCAUUUAGCCUUCACUGUGGUCCUUUAAGAUGAUAAUACUGUCUGCACACAUAGUGGCUGGAGUGAUGAAUUGUGGGUAAUUUGUGGUAUCUCUGGCACACACAAACAAGCAGCAUAUGGUGACGCACAGGCUGAGCUAAUGCAAAAGCAGACACUUAAGGCAAAUACAAUAUGUCGAUCCAUCAGGCGCACAGAGUACACACGUACUGUACACACACAUUAAUAUGUCAAAACACACACCAACCUGCCAGAGCGACAUGCUGCUGGUGAUGGAUGACCUGCUCUUUAAAAAGAAGCAGGGAACAAAUGUUGAACACAGACGGUAUUCCUCCUGGCUCCAGUUCAUGUUACUUCUGCUAAAUUGAAUAUACUACUGUACCUAAAGCUGGCUGAUUCUUUUUUAUGUUUGUCACGAAAACUGAAUCUGUCUUUUUUAUUCCCCCUGCAGCAGAGCAAACUUGAACAGCAUACCAGCCCUUGCCAACAAUCCAAUCAAAAAGCAGAUUAUUGAGGCCUUCUUUGAUAAAAGGUGGGUUCACACGUUUUCACUAAACCCUGUCUGCUUUGACUGAAACAUAUCCCCACUUAUCAUGAAAACAGAAUCAAACUUGUUUCCACACUGUUAUAUUUUUCAAAGGUCAGUUUAUUUAAGCGCUGGUAUUUCUCAAGCUCCUAUGAUAAACAUAAAUGUGAGGUAGAAGAUAUCACCUUUUAUCUCCUGCUGAUAUGACUGAGCUGUAUCCCAGACAGCAGCUCUCCUCACCUUUAACAGAGUCUGUACACGGCUAGCUUUAGCCGCUUAAUCAACCAACCAGCUUUCAGGAUUACCCUAAACCAGCAGAGCUCUGAGUUCAAAAUCUGUAAAAACAAACGAUUUCAGGAUCAGAUCCUCUGGGGUGCCCAGAGAUCGUAAUCAAGACAGGUCCUUGCAUGUGUCCAUGUGGAACCAUUAUUAUUGUACGUUAGGAUUAGUAUUCUAACAGGGAGGAGACGAUGAAGGUGAAUCCAUAUUUGAUAAGAGUGCAUGAGUAAAGGGCAUCACCAUCCUCUCCUCUCCUCUCCUUGUCAAAACUACCAAUGGUGACGGUAAAUACUAAAAUACAAUCUUGAGAAAUAGCUUCCACUUUCUGCCGGUUUAUACACUAACGGUUAAAUUCCACAGGAUACGGAACAGCAGCCUGAUCAAAUACGCAAGCAGAAUGUAUGCAGGUACAGAGUGAAAUAUCUGGUUAAUUUUCAAAAUAAAAUAAAGUCAAUACGUUGAACUGUUCUUCACUUGAUAAUGGGAGGGGCCAUGGGAUGUGGGAUGUGGGUGUUUAUAUACACCGCUGAUCUUAUUCAGUGUCUCACGGUGAAACAUGCAAGAUCUCGUGAGAUCUCAUCCAGUUUCAUGAGAAAUAGAAGUAAUAUUGCAAGUGAUCCUUCUCCGCUUGUCGGAUCCAGUGGGCGCUGUAUGCUUGCAUUUUUGAUCCACCUGCCACUGAGCGUGGCGUAGCAGAUCUGCAUGCGGUGGAAUCCCAGUGUAACUGCUAAUGCUAAGAGGGGCAUAUUUUAACUUGUACUCAUCUAUAUUAAAGCUCCUGUGUGGAACGUUCAGUUGUGGACAAAACAGUCUUUGCUUAUCUGGUCCUCUACAAACUAAUAGUAAGUAGAGUUUACUGACUAAAAAAAAAACCUCAUCCUGCUGACUUUUGACAGUUAUGUGUUUUAUUUAUUGUGAAUAUUUUAUCAAGGCUGAUAUCUACCCACCUCACACUAGAGUAAGGCUUUAAAAAACAACUGUAUAGAAACCCUCAUUCUUGUCCCAAAUGGUUUCGUUUGCUUUUUGACAGCAUGAAAAAGCAUCAGUAUGAAUUUCAGUCUUUUUCACUGACAUUAAAAAACUCUUUAUAGUGGCUUUAGUGUAUUUUACUGAUUUUUUAAGGCGUAUGGUAUAUGUGUUCCUUUGAACUGAAUUAAUGUCAUGGAUUUUGAGCAGAAAUGGUUCAGUUUUUAUGUUGUCUCAGUGCUAAAAUGUUGUGUGUUUAAACCUGGCAGCUGGCAGAGUCUUCAGUCUUAUCAGUUUGGUUGGAUUGGUGACUUUGUUUUUCUUUGAACGGCCUGGUUUGAUUGAAUAUUUGAUAAGACUUUUCCUCUGUUUGUUUAGUCAACGAAAAACCAUUUCAUUCAAGCAUGUCAGUGAAAAAUACUUCCAUUAGUUUUAGAUGGUAGAUAAGAGCUAAAGAAACAAACAAACUGGAUAGAUUAUGAAACCAAAAAGUGUAUUCAUAACUCUAGAGACACUUUUAAGAAGCAGCAGUUUCCUUAUAGCUCGACAGAGAAACCACAAACAGGACUGAACAACAAAUGAACUUUUUGUAACUCCAUGUGACUUUCCUUUUAAGCACACAAGUCAUGUGCAUAAUGGGACGCUACAGGGAAGAAACACAAGAUCAGUGAAGUAAAAUAAGACUGUUGAUUCAGACUUGAUGAGCAAGUUUUUGAGACAUUUUAAAUGCAGAAUUCCUGCAGGACAAAUACACAGAAGAAGUUGGUUUAUGGCUUAAAUAUACAAUAAAAUAUGGUUAGCUAUUGAUCUUUAAGGAGCCACGUUGGUGGAGUUUAAGUUUAAGAAGGCUAAACCUUGAUUUUGUCUACCUGUGUGAUCCAGGAACCAGCAUCAGGAUGAGGUGGGCUCCUUCGGGGAGAUCGGCUUUGAGCAGUUCCUUAUGGUCAUGUCCCAUUUCCGCCCGCCAACCCUGAAGACGACAGAGGAGGAGAAGGAAGCUUUGAGGAAGGAGAAGCUGCGCUGUAAGAGACUAAACCUUGUACUAAAUGAGAGUAACAGAUACAAGAAGACUGGAAAUAUUCUUCUCCAAUGUCCUCCUGCGUGUGUCUCAGUCACAGAAUACCAUAAGGAAGCUUUACUGUCAAGUGUAAAUGACAAACUGGUGAUGAAGUAUCUUGUUUCAGUCACCUACAUGCCACAGAGAGCGUGAUGAUGCAUAGCUGCAUGUGUGAGCGCUGGAUUCUUCGCUGUGAGCCACUUCAGUGAGGUUUGUCGGUGCUCAAGGCCAGAACAGCAGCUUCGCAACCUCAGCAGGAUCAGGAUCAGCCUGAGGCCCCCUUUAAGGCUUAAACAUUAGCUACUGAACUGAUUUUUUAUACAUUUUUAACAGAUUUAACAAAUGUGCUUGUACAGCAUGAGGCCUUUGUUGCUACUGCCCUGAGACAUAAUUUGGGUUUGUCGUUGGCAGCCCUGUAAAAGACUGUAGGUGAUAUUCAAACAAGUUGGGUCACUUUGUUUCCAGCUGCUCCUUCCUCUCGUGGCACUGCCUUUUCCAUCCUGCUAGUCACCUGAUACAGUGUUAGACUGUGUUUUACGGCUGAAUGAAGGACAUGGGCUGUAAAUGAAACAUGGAGUUAGAGUAUAGCUGAAGAAGGGGGAGACUCCUGCUGAUUGUUGCUGAAGUGCAUCAUGACUAAUCAGCUGGAUAUUUAGUAAACACAGGGGUGGGUCUCCAGUCCUCUUUUAAAGGGCAAAAUACUCAACGCUGAACUGGAUUCUGGACGUUUUGGCAAGUAUACCCUAAAUCUGCCAAUGUGAAGCCAGUGUGGAAGUUCAAAUAACUGCAGUUCCUUAAAUGGCCACUUGAGGCCAGGAAGUCUCAUUAACACCCAUGUUAAAAUGCCUAUCCUUACAGCAGAGGUGUGCAGAUUUACAAUCAAAAACUAUCUAUUUACGGUACAAAAAAUUUUAAUAACUUUAAUAACUCUUAAUUCUUAAUAGCAAGGGCACAACAGUAUCAGCAGAUUUCACCUCUCUUAAUUGACAGAGUGACAAAAACUAAACUUCCUAUCAGCACUGGCAGACAGUAUAUACUUUCCAUUAUUCUAUGUUCAUAGAAUGAUACAGAUCACUGCCUUGCUUGCUUUUUUUGGUUUAUUAUGUCAUUUUUUGUUUAAAAAGCUUAAAUCAUUUGGAGAGCAAAAACCUUAGUUUGAUAGUUUGAGUGCAGGAACAAGCUUGAUAACUGGUAAUACACAAGCAGAUUUGAGGUGAAGGGACAUCCACCAAAUUGAAGACAACAGACGCAAAUCCACCACAAACCUCAGUAUGACAUAGGCUUGAGCAUUGUUACAGGAAAAUGAGCUGAAGCUCAGCCAGACAUGACCGUUAAGUGCUGAGCGUACACAAACAGUCAUUUCCCUUUACUGCAGACUGAGGGCUGAGAUUUGUCAUUCUGGUUGACAGAAUAGGACCUGAUUUCUUUACUUCCUCUGCUGAAAUGUGCCUAAUGUUUUUAUUUCCCAAUCUGUCUUUAUUGUUUUAAACUGUUCAGGAUAACACUGUCAGGGGAAACAAGACUUAUCAGUGCUUCAACUUCCUCUUAGAGUAAACACUGCGACGGGUUUAGAUAAUAGGACCUCAUAAAAAGUGUGCUUUUCAUGCUUUAUAACAACAGGGGAUCUACAGGACAUUUAGUUUGUUUUAUUUUGUGCCAGUAUCAAUAAAACAGAAAUGUAUCACUGUGAAAGUAUGGAGAGCUAUUUAAUGACCUAGCAGAAGUAGCACAAGCAGCUCAGUGUGAAUGUCGCUGGAUGUCACCUUAAGGGGCAAACUGGCUUUUUUUCCUUGUUGUAGCCACAGGACUGUGAGAUAUGAGCACAAAUAUGGAGAAUUAUAAAUGUCAGUGUUAAUCAAAGCAGUGGCAUUUUCUGGAUGUUUCUGACUCGGUCUGGAGGGGAAACGUUGAGUCAACCAUCCCCAUCUUUAAUCUCUGCAUCUCUACAAACAUCCCUCCAAUCAUCACAACUUCCUCCGCUCUUUUACAAACAUCCGUUCUCCUUUUCACUUCAUGAGAGAAAGUUCCUCAGAACUCAGACCAUACCAUUAAACCUUGCUGUUCUUUCCUCCCAGUCCUGUUCAACAUGCAUGACACAGACAAUGACGGCACCAUCACCCUGGAGGAAUACAGGAAGGUGAGAAAACUCAAUUAUACCGGCUUUUGUCCAGGAUGUGAUUAUGAGCAGUUUUUUUUUUUUUUUGUUAAGUUAUCUCUGCCAGGACUUCGAAUGAAAACGAGGAAUUGAAGGAGAACAAUUCACCUUAAUUUAAAACUGCACGGGAUUUAAAUAGUAUUUAAAUGGGUCAUUCUUUAAAACUGGUGCUAUUUGAACCCAUAAUAUGGAUUCAAAUGACUGAUGAGGCAUACAAAGCAAAAAUAUGUUAUAUUAAAAAAUCUUUUCAACAAGUUUUCAUCAAUACAUGGACAGUUUUAUAUGUUAGCAAAGCCAACAACAUUUCCAACUAAGAUAUCUCUGUUUAAAUGGUAUUUUCUCAAAUAAUAGUCAUAAACUGAGAUUUUAAGGACAAAGGAAGUAAAAGAGUAAGAGACAAUAAAUAGGUAAAAAAAAAUUAAAAGGCAUAGUUCAGGAAAAUAUGAUUAAAGACCUCAGCAAGCAACUUCAAGUCUGAAAUUUUUAACCUUAUAUUUAAAGCAAUAUUUAUUCUGAACCACAUCUGACCUUAUAACUAAUAGAAGCUAGAUUUUUAUCAACUCAUUAUUGUACAAAACAAAAACAUGCUUUUACAGUUUUUUGUUGUUGUUUUUUUCCCUGUUCUUGUUGCCGAAGCUGUUCUGAACAAUAGCCUCUGCGAAUCAUCAAAAUGAUCAGGUCUGAGUUGACGCACCCAAACAGGUGCAAAACACCACUUUACAGAGUGAAUCACAGUGUCUGUAAACACACACACAUAAAAGGUGUAAUCAGCCCUAAACCAGUGCGGGUGGAUCCAGGAGGUGCAAUUAGCCAGCAAUUAAAAUACAAUAACAGGCUGACCCAGUGUGUUUGCUGGUAUAAAAAUAUGUAAUUAUAUGAAGCAUAGAUGCAAUUAUAGUUUAAUUUAAUGCUAUUGUUGAACAGCUCUACCCGGCUCGCCUGAGUUCAAGCACACAUGAAGCACUGAAUGGUUGUCAUCUAUCUUUUAUCCUCACUGCUUGUCCUGUUCAGGGUUGCAGGAGUCUUGGGUCUAUCUCAGCUGUUAUUGGCACAGCAUAUUCCUUUAAUAAUCAGGAUAAUAGCAGUAUUCUGUAUGAGUCAUGUAAACCUGAUCGCUGUACCUAGAUCUAGGUCAUGGUCUGAAACCUAAAAACAGAACAUCCUGAAGUCCAGUAUCAUUCAGCCUUAGAAAUAAGAAAACUCCACCAUCAGCAUCCUUAUUUUCCAGUUCUGUUCUGCAGUGGAUCAUUGCUUCAGUUUAAUCAUUCCUACCCUUUGUGAUUAACCUCAUGCGAGUCACAAUUGAUGCUUUUUAAACCCAGAUGAAGCUUUAAAAACUAAUAAUUCUCCUCCCAUCCAAGGUAGUAGAAGAGCUUCUGUCUAAAAGCGGCGCCAUCGGCCUGGAAGCUGCCAAGGCGAUAGCAGAUGCUGCCAUGUUGGAAGUGGCGAGCACAAAUGUCCCCCACAUGGUAAUGGAUCCGAGCAGAACUAAACUGUUACAAUAAAUUCACACAUUUCAGUCACUCAUUUCUGUCUUUGUUUGUUCUUUCAGGCUCCAGAUGAUUUCUAUGAAGGGAUUACGUUUGAGCAUUUCGAGCAGGUUUGCACCUUGUACAGUCAAACACAUGACUCUUUUCUUUAAAGCUCAGAUGUAAAUGUAGUUUUCUUUCCCUAACAGAUUUUACAAGGACUAGAAAUGGAGUCCAGGAUGCACAUUCGCUUUCUGGAUGUGGACACUACAACAAUGCGCUGUGGGAAAUCGACCUCUUGAUGGAGCGGCUCUGGUGAAAAAAUGUUUAUGUUGCUGCUGUUUUUAGCAGAAACUCUCCAGUCCUUACAUGGAACCGAACCAAACACUUUUGAUAUGCACUAAUGUAUUUUUGGAUGGAGCAGAAGAAUUAUAAUUCCAAGCUAAUCACAUCUUUUAUAGUAAUUAUGGCAGAGUUUUGGCAUGAUGUGUUAAAAGACGGAGCAAGUGUCCCGUAUUUCAGGAGACCAGGAGAUGAAUUUUCCCUUCUUCUGCUUCCACUGUCAGGUUUAAAAACUAACAAACUACCUCUGUGUUCAUUCUGCUUUUCUACUAACCUUUGUGUAACCAUCCCACACUGUGAAGGAUUCUUUGUACUUCAGUCAAAAGGUUCAGAUGUAGUCAGUCAUGCUCAGUGGCAGCUCUGGCAUCCACGGGUCAUCUGUUGUGGCCGACGUCCAGAGCGUGAGAGUACGGGCACAUACCAUCCCUCUGCAGCUCCAGAAUAGCUGCCGGUUUGAUUUAUCUGUUCCCCUGAGUCUUUGUGUAACUAACCGCCGUUCUUAUAGCGUGAAAAUCUGCUACUUUCAGACCAGGAGUGAGGGAAAUCACACUUUCCCUUUAAACUAAUUAUAGCUGACUUUGCACUGAAUUGUAUAAAUUAAUAAAACAAAUUUAAGACAAA